CCCUUGUUUGAAUAAAAAACCCCUUAAUUAAAAUAUCUCACCAACUCAACAUACCUAAUGUUUUUACAUAAAAUGUGUAUAUAAAGUUUUAAAUAAAUCGACUAAAGCUACGAUUACAUUAGACAGUUUCUCUGCAACAGUUUAUCCGUCGCAGACUUGUCAAUUUUCUACAGUCACAAAUUUGACUGCUAGCUUGAUUACAUUAGGCGCAGACAAAAGACUGCAACAGUUAAGUUUGACUGCCAACGCACUCUUUUCUGACAGUUUUUUUGAUUGACUGUGACGGAGUUUUUGAGCAUGACUGGAUGGUGAUUACAUUAUACUGGCAGAUAAAAUCUGUUGCGGAUUAAAAAUUACACCGUUGACAGUUUAUCCGCCGUUUGUGAAUACAUUGCAACGGACGGAUUAUCGCGAAUUGUUUAUAAUGUCAUCAUCGAGAACACGAAAAAGGAAGUUAGCUGCUAUAGUUUUGGGAAUACAGUGUCAUUCUAAACGCCGAAGAAUAUGGAUUUCGGAUUUUAUUCGCAAACGGGAUACUGACGGCUUUCAUGUUAAGCUCAUGACGGAAUUAUCUAGUGGCGAUCCAAACAAGUUCCGUGAGUUUUUACGUAUAAAUGCAGAUAACUACGAAGAGCUGCUGAAGCUUGUGUCAUCUCGUACAUCUAUAAUGGAUACAUCGUUUCGCAAAAGCAUUUCGGCCACACAACGUCUUGCAGUUACCUUGCGGUUCUUGGCAACGGGAGAAUCAUUUCGGUCACUUGCAUUUCUGUUUAGAAUUCCACAGUGCACUAUCUCUUCAGUAGUUUCUGAGUGUUUAGAUGCAAUUUACAAUGUCUUAGCUCCGCUAUAUCUGAAGAUGCCGUCGAAUGAAAGUGAAUGGAAAUCAAUUGCUGAAAAAUUCAAAGAUCGUUGGCAUUUUCCAAAUUGUCUCGGUGCGAUGGAUGGUAAACAUAUUAUUAUGGUUGCUCCUCCUAACUCGGGAAGUGUCUACUAUAAUUAUAAAGGUACAAACAGUAUCGUACUGCUUGCAAUAGCAGAUGCUGAAUACAGAUUCAUUUAUGUGGACGUUGGCUGUAAUGGACGAGUAUCGGAUGGUGGCGUAUACAAUAAAUGUAGUUUUGCUAAUGCGAUGGUGAAGAACAAAUUACACAUCCCGCAACUAGUACCACUGCCACAGCGUACUACACCAGUACCAUAUGUUCUUGCGCUCCGUCCCAACAUAAUGAAACCGUACAGCGGCCGUGGUUUAACCAGUGCUCAACGUGUGUUCAAUUUUCGAUUGUCACACACGCGGCGAAUAAUAGAAAACGCGUUCGGGAUUCUUUCAGUCCGUUUUAGGGUUUUUCGUAAUGCAAUAAAUUUGGACGCAGCUAAAACCCGGACCCUUACAUUAGCUUGUUGCGCGUUACACAAUUAUCUCUCAAUGAAAAAUCCAACGAACUAUACUCCUAGAACAAUGAUUGAUCAGAUUGAUGAAAAUGGCUCAGUUACUCCAGGUCAUUGGCGUAACGAAGGAUUUGGCAAUAAUUUUACAAACUUGGAGCAAGAGAGCAGACGAUACAUAUCCAAUAAUGCACAGGCUAUUCGCAAUGAAUUUCAAAACUACUUUAUGGAAGAAGGCGAAGUAAAUUGGCAAUUUAAGUAUAUUUAAAUAUAUUUUUGAAUAGAUAAAUGUUUUUAUAUAAUUACUGCGAACCUGUUAUUUUUGCCGUCCUCAUAGAAGAUAAUACAAUCACACUGAAACUCAAUUUUCCAAUCAAGGCCUGGAGCGCCGAGAGUCAUACGCCAAUUCACUCAGUUUGUCGAGAUCGGAAAAUGACAGGGUGUGCGAUUAUUUAAUGGUACAGUUCAAAAGCCUGGCCUGUAGUGCCUAU